AUGCAGAUCAUUAACUCCCAGGACGUUAUGAUCUACUCGGCCGGGCUGUAUAGCCUCUUUAACGGGUAUGAUCAGGACUGUAUCCCCACCCACAACUGUCAGGACCGCAUCCUCGAGGUCAAGGGCUCGACCGGCGUUGUCAUCUUCAACCUGUUCACGGUGGCUACCAUCAAUAUUGCCAGCGGUAUCGACGAUACAAGUGUUCCCCAGGCAGACAACCAGUGCGGUUUCACCACAGAGGUGCCGUUUCCCGGGUUCGAUCACCUCGACAUCGUGUGGGUUGGCACAGAGAUCUGGAUCUCGCCCACGGUGAGCUGCCCAAGCAACUCUUGUCAGCUCAUUAUCCCAACCAGGUCGGUGGGAUCAACCACCAUCCGGCCCACUAGCUUUACAGCAUCCCUCAAGUAUGGAGGCUUCCACAGCAACACGAUUGGCGGGGUGGGAACCACCGUCUUUGAGACCUCGACUACAACCGUGACUAUUUCCGUUCCCUCUGUCGUCAUCGAUGGCAUCGGACACUCCAAUGUCAACGUGACAUCGUCUGGUACAGUGCCCAUCACCGUCUUCCCAAGCGUGGACCUUGAUCCUGUUGUGGUGACACUGCCCGACGGCGAGGGCAGUUCGACAGAGAGGACCAUCACCCUGCCUCCCUGGCCUCAGAUUGAGGGUGGCCCAUCCAUGAGCUAUAUAGACCCAGCCACUUUGCCAUCCAACAGCGGACCGGCCACCAACACGACAUACUACACUCCUGUAACCAGCCGUGUCACAGUAGGCGGGGCCACGGUGACGACGGUGACGUUCCCAGGCUCGACUGCGGCCAUUACCAUCCACUGCCCUGCCGAGACGUCCAUUGUCUUUGCGACACCCCGGAUCGCCGUCGGCACAACAUGUACUGACGAUGCCCACCGCACACUCAACUUCGCCUGUCCGACGACCCGCGUCUUUACCUUCCUGGGACCCGCGACUGCCAUGGCCACUGUCGACUGCUCGCUGGUCACAGCCUGGACGACUGGGUCUCCCGAUCCUACCCCUGAUCCUCUUCCAGUGUUCACUCGCUGGCCACCGUACGGCCAUAUCGAGCCCGAGGAGCAGGAGCGCGACAAGCCUGAACCUGACGAUGACGGUGUUCACGUGCCCUGCGCGUCUUGGUUCUUCUUCUUCUGCAUCUCGUGGGGGCAGGUCCGUGUGCGUUCCUGGUACUGGAUCCUGCCGGCGGGCAUCUACGGGCCGAUGCCUCCUCCGACCAAUAUCAUCCACCCCCCGCCCGGUGUCACCUUGCGUGGGAACCUGCCCAACUGGCCCAAAUUCACUAUCGGGCCGGACCGCCAGCUCACGACCGAGUCGGAGCCGGACUAUGAGAAGCAGACAGCCGAGGCCUGCACGACGACCAACUACGUGUCGGACGACGUAACCACGUCAUCGACGACGCUGUGUGAGACCAUCACCGGCUGCUCCAUCACCGUGUCUGAUGAAACUACGGAUGUCAUCGGAGACCAGAAAGCGGCCCCCAUCGGCACCUGGACCGAGGAGCUCUGGGCAACACAGACGCUGGGUGAGGACUGGACGAUCCAGGCCUUCGCCGCUCUACGGUCAGAAAUGAGCCGCGAGAAGAGCAGCGUCGGCGGGACGACCAUCUCCUUGACCUCAGGCUCGGCCGCAAGACCAACAUGUGCAGAUGGAACCACGGCCUGCGGCGGCACCAUCUGCUCUGGCUACUGGUGCCAGCCGACUCCGACUGGCCCUCCACCCGGCUUCCACGAUCCCAAGGACCCCAACUCGGAUGACUACCUGGCGCCCACGACCACCAUCUCCAGCAGCACGUCGUCUACGACUACCGGUGACACCAAGCCCACAACGCCGCUGGAGCGAGGCCCCAUCCAGUGUUUUGACGAGGCUGAUUUCCCCGGCCACGGCGACAUCAACCCCGACUCUCAAGAUGACUUCUCCACAGAGUUCAGUAAUCUGCGAGGCGGUGUCGCAGACGACUCCAUCGGGCCCGACUCUUCGCCCUGGGAGCUCCGCAAGAAGGACGGCCACGGCAUCAACUACUGGUUCAAGGCCGAGUGGGUUGCCGGUUGCGUCACCACCAUCGACAAGCAGAGCUUUGGAUUCCCGCUGGGCUCGCCCAGCCUCAUCACCACGUACCUUCUGGUACGAGAGGACUUUACCAAGUGCAAUAAUCAGGGAGUCGGCGGAACAUGCCAAGUUGGAUGUCUCAAGUAUACAUUUGAGGGUGGACGCGGUGAUGCCGAGGAAGAUCCGUGCCAGGACUUUGACUGUCGGCAGUGCGGCGCGCCGUUUGAGGUCCCUUAG